AGAAAGUAAAAAGUAGCUUGAAAGAUGAAGAAGCGUUCAACAACACCUUCCUUAAGCCACCAGCGUUGUCGGAAGCUUCAAAAGCACGCAGAAAUUACGUCCAACUCGAUGACAUCGCCGCCUUCCUCCCGCUCGCAGUUUUCCCCCGUCGUUCCUACCUGCCGCCACCGACCAACCAUCAGAACGAACCCAAGUUUCUCCAAAAUCGCAUCCGCCGCUCCCGCGGACACGCAGCGCAACCCCCGAUCCUACCAAGCGACUGCGAUGGAAGUGAAGCUGCACACGGUACGGACCCUCGUCGGACGACUGCGCGGCGCCGCCGCCGCGCAAGACGGGGCCGCCACGGCCGCCGCGGUGGCCGAGCUCCGCCUCGUCUCUAAGGACGACCCGGAGAUCCGCGCGCCGCUCGCGGACGCGGGCGCCGUGCCCUUCCUCGUCGCGCAGCUCGCGACCGCGGCCUCCGUGGACGCCGCGGCCGCGCUCCUCAACAUCUCCAUCUCCGCGCGGGAGCAGCUCAUGUCCACCCCGGGCCUACUUGACGCGCUCACGGCCGCGCUCCGCACCGACGCCGCCCACCACACCGCGGCCACCAUCCACAGCCUCCUCUGCGUAGAGGCCUACCGGGCCACCAUAGGCGCGAAGCGGCCGCUCCUCGCGGCGCUCGUCUCCCUCCUCCGCGCCGCGCCCAGCACCCGCGCGACCAAGGACGCCCUCAAGGCGCUCUUCGGCGUCGCGCUCUACCCGCCCAACCGCGCCACGCUCGUAGGGCUCGGCGCUGUGCAGGAGCUCUUCGCGCUCGUCAUGACGGACGGCCGUAGCGGGAUCAUCGAGGACGUCACCGCCGUCAUCGCGCAGGUGGCCGGGUGUGCCGAGACCCUGGAGGCGUUCAGGUUGGUGUCCGGGGUGCGGAUCCUCCUCGACCUUGUCGAGCCCGGGGGCGCAGCGACAGCGAGGGCGAGGGAGAACGCGGUGGCCGCGCUGCUUAACCUCGUCGUGGCCGGCGGGGAGCCGGCGGUGACCGAGGUGAUCGCGGUCGGUGGCGCCGAGGAUGCCGUGCGGGAGCUGGCCGAGGACGCCGCGGCGAGCCCGAGAGGGAAGGCGAAGGCGGAAGCGCUGCUGCGGGCGCUGGAGGGCGCCGGCGCGAGGAGGCCGGAGCACCGGCUCGCCGAUUUCUUGAACGGGCUGGUGCAAUCCGAUCCGUACAUCUCGUCGCCGGCGUCGGCGUCGACCCACGGGUAAAACGCUGACGUGUUGCGUCCACGUGCCCUGUACAAAUCUUGUACCGUAUGUAGAUUGGCUAAAAAUACAUUUGUUGGUUAAUGUGAAUAUUCUAGCACAAUAUAUAUCGAGACUUUUAAGGGGAUUUCUGCGUGUAGUUUUGCACCCGAACUUCAGUUUGCAUCCAAAUGAAACAAAUUGCCAGGACUGCUCUGCUAAAUUCUGGAUCUCAUCAUUGUCGCUGGAGCAUUCCCUCUACUAUGCUCUCCUUAGUCACAUAUAUAUAAUUUUUAGGUGAUUUGUCCA